AUGGAGAAUUUGCAGAGUGCCCUAAAAGAUCGUAACUUAUCAGUUCCCAUCGUCCCAGGAAAGGGUCGUUCUCUCUUCGCUACAAGGGAUUUCUAUUCAGGGGAUGUGAUUAUAGGCCAAGAGCCUUACGUUUGUGUUCCAAACAACUCCUCAGUUUCCACCCCCAAAAGGUGUGAUGGAUGUUUCACUACAUCUAAUGCCCUUAGAAGGUGCUCACGUUGCCAUGUUGCAUACUAUUGCGGAACCGCAUGUCAGAGGUCAGAGUGGGAGCUGCAUCGGCUUGAGUGUGAGGUACUCUCAAGGCUUGACAAGGAAAAGAGAAAUUCUGUCACACCAUCCAUACGGCUGAUGGUGAGACUUUAUCUUCGGAGGAAGUUGCAAAAUGAUAAGGUCAUCCCAAGCACUGCUACGGACAACUACAACUUGGUGGAGGCAUUAGUUGCUCACAUGUCUGAUAUCACAGAGGAGCAGCUGGUGCUCUAUGCACAGAUGGCCAAUCUUGUAUAUUCCAUAUUACAAUGGCCGGAAAUCAAUAUAAAAGAGAUUACAGAAAAUUUUUCUAAGUUUGCAUGUAAUGCACAUACUAUUUGUGACAGUGAGUUGAGACCUGUGGGGACAGGGUUGUAUCCUGUUAUUUCCAUUAUCAAUCAUAGUUGUUUGCCCAAUUCUGUGUUGGUUUUUGAGGGAAGGUCAGCAUCGGUACGUGCUGUGCAGCAUAUACCUAAAGGUACUGAGGUAUCAAACUCUUCCAACACCGCUGCCACCGUUGGGGUUUCUAGAAUUCCUCCCUUUGUUUCCUUCAACUCUGUUGCUUGGUAUGAUAGUACAUACCCUUCUCCCUUAUUGUGA